AUCUAGCUCCGAGGUAAAAGUGGGGCUAGUUGGAAGCCAGAGGCAAACCACUGAACUUCCCUGCCCCAUCAUGUCCAGCUCCCUGCUGGCUGGAGGUCAUGUGGUCAGCUUGACUCCCCACGAGGAAUCGAGGAUGGCCCUGCACCCAACCCCCAGCCCUGGCCUCCCAGCACUGUGUCCUUACUAUACCACAGAGAGCUGGGCAACCCAGCCUUUGAUGGCCCCCGCACUGUGCAAAGGCACCUCCAGCAGGCUCCAGCAGGCCCAGCAAGCAGAGGCCCAAGCUCACUGCCUCCUGCAGUGCACCGGAGAGCAGGCCUCAGAGGCCUCACAGGACCUAGAUUCCUGCAUUGACUUCUCACUGGAGACCCUCAACCAGAUGAUCUUAGAGCUAGACCCCACCUUCCAGCUGCUUCCUUCUGGGACUGCUGGUGCCCAGGCUGAGCCUACCAACAGUAUCACCUCAAGGAACAAGAAGGAGGAACCCGAAGCCCUGGAUAUAAAGUAUAUCGAAGUGACCUCCACCAGAUCAAGAUGCCUCGAUGGUCCCCAACGCUGCUCCAGCCCAUGUGUCAUCCCACCCUCUGGCUCCCCACGAAGUGGUGGCCUCCUUCUCUCCAGAGACAUCCCCCGAGAGACUCGAAGCAGCAGCGAGAGCCUCAUCUUCUCUGGGAGCCAGGGCAGGGGUCCCUCUACCCACAUCCCAUCUUCCCUUAGCAACUCCAUCCCUUGCCGGGAAAGCAAAGCUCCUGGCUCCCCACUGGCAACGCCUCCAGGUUGGGAGAAAAGGCCAAAGGCCCCACAACAGGGCAGCAGGAUCUCUAUGCUGUCAGCCAGCCCCGUGUCAGACGUCAGCUAUGUAUUCGGAAGCAGUCAGUCCCUCCUCCACUCAAGCCUCUCCAGCUGUCAAUCAUCUUCUAGAUCCUUGGGAAGUCCAGCCAGCUCCUCUUCCAGCCUCCACAGCCUGGACCGAGGGUCCCAGUGUGUAAGACCUGGUGAUGCCAGCAACCCCGUACUGGCCAUUGGCCAGCCCCAAGCAGUCCAGUCUCCUCCAGUGGCCAAGGAACAGGCCAGUAGCUGCCCCCCAUCUGUCACCAACUCCAUGGUGGACAUACCCAUUGUGCUCAUCAACGGGUGCCCAGAACCACAGUCUCCCCAAGCCCAGCGGACACCAGGAUACCAGAGCUCUGUCCAACCCAGAGCUACAUCUCCCAGCCACCCCUGUCAGGCCACCAGGAGCCACCAGCAGACUCUGCCAGAUGUUCCUCUUCCUGCAUCUCCAGAGGGUCCUGCCAAAGACAUGCAGCCCACCAUGAAGUUCGUGAUGGACACAUCGAAAUACUGGUUUAAGCCGAGCAUCGCUAGAGAGCAAGCAAUCGACCUGUUGAGGAAAGAGAAGCCGGGCGCUUUUGUCAUCAGGGACAGUUCCUCCUACCGGGGCUCCUUCGGCCUUGCCUUGAAAGUACAGGAGACUCCGGCAUCUGCCCCAAACCGGCCAGGUGAGGACGGCACUGACCUUAUCCGUCACUUCCUGAUCGAGUCUUCCGCCAAAGGGGUGCAUCUGAAAGGAGCAGAUGAGGAGCCCUACUUUGGGAGCCUCUCUGCCUUCGUGUGCCAGCACUCCAUCAUGGCCCUGGCUCUGCCCUGCAAACUCAUCAUCCCACAGAAAGAACUGGGUGGAGCAGAACCAGCGUCUUCGGACUCCCCGACACACGGCCAGACCCCUCCUUGCCUGAAGAUAUCUGCGGGUUGCCCCACGCUGUACCUGAGCUCUGUGAGCGUGGAGACCCUGAGUGGAGCCCUGGCGGUACAGAAGGCCAUCUCUAACACCUUGGAGAGGGAUGUCCUCCCCACGCCUACUGUCGUCCAUUUCAAAGUCACUGAACAAGGCAUCACUCUGACUGACGUCCAAAGGAAGGUGUUUUUCCGACGUCACUAUCCACUCACGACCCUCCGCUUCUGUGGAAUGGACCCUGAGCAACGGAAGUGGCAAAAGUACUGCAAGCCUUCCAGGAUCUUUGGGUUUGUGGCCAAGAGCCAGACAGAGCCACAAGAGAAUGUGUGCCACCUCUUCGCAGAGUACGAUGCAGUCCAGCCAGCUUCCCAGGUCAUCAGCCUGGUGACCGCUCUGCUUCAGGACCCAGAAAGGAUGUAGGAGGGAGGAGAUGCCUGUGUGCCCUCCCUGACAUCUCAAGGGACUUGUCCUGGGCAUGGAGCUGUGGCCACAUUGACAGACUUAUCUGUUGGACCCGAGGAUCGUUCAGAUUGAAGCCUUUGAACCUGCUGUGACAUUCAGCAGUCACCUUCACCUGGCUCUUGGGCCUCAGUGUCUUCAGUUAUGAAAAGAGACCCACCCACAAGACAGCUCCUCCUUGGAGACUCUGCUGGGAAUCGCUAGUGUGUUCCUCCCUGCUGCUGAAGCCCACCCAAGACCCCCUGUAUAAAACUCGCCUGCGAGUGCCAGACGUGGUGGCACACGCCUUUAACCCCCAGUACUCUGGAGGCAGGGGCAGGUGGAUUUCUGAGUUCAAGGCCAGGCUGGUCUACAAAGAGAGUCCCAGGACAGCCAGGGCAAUUACGCAGAGAAACCCUGUCUCGAAAAAAAACAA